AUGAAGUUCCUCAACGCCCUCGUGCUUUCCGCGGCCAGUCUUGUCGCUGGUCAAGUUCUCCUCAAGGACUACUUCCCUCAGUGCUCGAUCACCUGCUUGGAAAAUGGUGCCCGUUCUUCGACCACGUGUGAUCCCUCCGACGGCGUUUGCGUCUGUGUCUUCGACAACUACGUGAAGAUCGUCGACGCCGCCACCGCUUGCGUUAUGCAGGCCUGCGGAUCUGAUGUCGCCGUCACGCAGAUCUUCUCCGAACACGAGGCACAAAAGAAUCUUGAUUCCUAUCUCCCGGAUCGCCAGAACACCAUACUGACUACCCUUCUCUCCACUGUAGACAAGGUCCUUCCCGCCGCCGACACCUUCUGCAAGGCCGUCACCAAGAGCGCCCAGGAGGGCGGUGCCUCCGCGACUUCCGCCCCGAGUGCUGCCAAUGGCUCGAGCGGCGCUUCCGCCAGCGCCACGCCGACCGGCACCGCCCAGUCCUCCAGCAAGCCUGUCUCCAGCAGCCAGGCCGCUACCGGCGCCGGCGGCUCCGGCUCCCAGACUUCCUCCAGCACCGCCCCGCAGAAGACCAACGGCGCGGCCAAGGGCUCGGCCGGCUAUGUUGCCAUGCUCGGCCUUGGCGCUCUCGCUGUCCUAUAG